AUGAAUCCCAACCAUGGCGAAGAUUUGCCUUUGGGCCCAAACUCUUUACCUAUCAUCGUACAUGACCAUACCUCAACUCCGACUGAGCUUCGACAAACUGCAAAUUCAGGUCAACAAGAUACAACUUUGCUAGGCAACAGCCACGAUUCCCCUACCGAGAGUGUGCAACAUCAGGAACAAGAACCAACUGCACAGAAUGAAGCGGACGCCUCGAUCAGUUCUUCGGAAGACGAGUCAAUUAUCGAUGAUACGUUCCAGAACCAUAAACAAAAAGCGCAGCUCUGCGAACCCAGAGAGUUGACGGAAUCAGCAAAGGAAAAAUUACUCACGCAAGCUCAAACGGAAGUUUCGCAGAACAAAAGCAAGAAGAUGGAAACCGCAGCUCUACAUCCACCAAGCAAAGACACAACUACAGAACAGACUGAGAAACUUCAACAGAUGGUCCAGGAAUACAUUAACCAUAAUCCGGUUCAGACGCAACAACAAGCAGUCAGUAUGUAUAAGCACCUCGUCGCUGCAGAGCUGAAGAAAGGCACGUAUCCUGGUGGAUUACCGGAGCAGGUGCAGAAGAGAUUACAGAUGCAAGCUCAGGCAUGUGUGAUCCAAAAUAUUAAGAAUAGGUUCCAACAACAAAGUUACCAAAACCCGCAAUUCCAUUCAGUUCAUCCCUAUAAAACCAAGUCAAAUCCAAUCCAAUCCAAUCUACCAGCAAACUCACAAACUCAUAAAUUCAUUCCAACCUCCAGUUUCCCACCUCUUUUCCCACCUCUCACCCCAUCCACCCCCAACCCCUCCCUCACUCACCAUGCCCGACGAAAAAUCCCAGUACACCCCCCUCUCCACCUCGGCGCCCAAAUCUCCUCCCCAACCUACGAAACCGCCUCAACCCAACACGGCGCGCUCCCCGCCCGUCCAGCUUCCCAAUCCAUAUCUACCGGCAAAGGACCGUUACCCCGGGGACCCUUUCCGCUCGACAUUCCCCUUUUACAGGAAUUAAAAGGAAAACGCAUUAUUCUCGCAUCUGCGAGUCCGCGACGGAAACAAAUAUUAGCUACGAUCGGUCUCACAAACCUCGAAAUCAUCCCGUCCCCCCUCCCCGAGAACCUCUCCAAAGAACACCUCGGCCCCUUCGACUACGUGCUGCAAACCGCCAUCCAAAAAGCCCUCUCGGUAUACACCCACUGUCUUGACAAUUCCCUCGCCAGCAUCCCAGACCCCUCCCUCAUCAUCGCCGCCGACACCGUCAUCGUCACCAACUCCGGGGCUAUUCUCGAGAAGCCCCGGUCCCAAGCGGAUCACAUCCGCAUGCUACAGCGUCUCCGCGACGAUAAAUCGCACAAGGUCUUUACCGCCAUUGCGGUGGUGGCUCCGCGCGACGACGCGCGGUAUCCGGGGUAUAAUUGUGAGAAUGAGGUGGUGGAGACCAAAGUGGUGUUUGAUUCCGAGAUUGGGGAUGAGUUGAUCGAGGCGUAUGUGAAGACAAGGGAGGGAGUGGAUAAGGCGGGGGGCUAUGCGAUCCAGGGGAUGGGAGCGAUGUUGGUGGAGAAGAUAGAGGGCAGCUGGGAUAACGUGGUGGGACUACCCAUUCGCAAUACGGUGGCGUUGAUGGAGAAGGCGGUGUUUGAUCAGGAGGAUUUGGAUCCAGAGGAGAAUGAGGAGGGGAUUGAGUAG